CAAGAGAGGAACACGAUGGCUGAAUUCAGAUGGAUUGUGAUGUCUUCAUUUCUGAUGCUGCAGGUGUUGAGCUUUAGAGCAGCAGUUGUGGAACCUUCAUCCUUCACUGUCAGAGAUGGAGAUGAAGUCACUUUGCCUUUUAAGAAUGUGACACAUGAUCAGGAUGAGUGUGACUCUAUUACGUGGCUCUUCACUGGUUCAGGAAAUACAGUACCGCUGUUUGAACAUGGGAAGAUUGUUGAAGCAGAAGCUAAAUCAGACAGACUGAAUGUUUCAGAGAAAUGUUCUCUGGUUAUGAAGAAUGUCACAGAUAAAGAUGGUGGUGAAUAUGUCUGCAGACAGUUCAGAUCAGGAAAACAAGAAGGUGAAGACGUGUUUCAUCUGGCUGUUGUCACCAGUGAGUAUUUACAUCAUGAUGUUGUCAAACCGUCUUGUUGGAACAAUAAACUGAAACAUUACAAUAAUUAUGAUGACAGUGAUUUCAAGAAGGUGAUUUUACUCUUGUUGUCUCUCACAACGUCUCCAUCUUCACCAACAGUGACUGAACAGAAGAACAAUGAUGAGGUGACGUUGAGCUGCUCUGUGUGGACAUAUGGAGCAUGUAGACACAGAGUGAAGUGGCUUUAUGAGGGUGAUCAGUAUGAUGAGAUGACACCACAAUAUAUCUGUUCAGCCAGGUUGAGGAUUAAAAAAUCUCACCUUGAUCAGAAGUCAAAGUCUUUAUUGAAAUGUGAAGUGACUGAUAGGUCCACUAGAGAAGUGCAUCAGUUCACCUUCAGCCCUCCUCAGUCCUCAGUUUGUUGCAUUGCAGGAGUGAUGAACAACGAAACAUCUGAAAACAACUCGAAUGAGAGGAAACCAGAAGGCUGGUGGAGGUUGAUCGUUGUUCCUGUGGGUUUAGCAGCACUUAUAAUAAGUGUUGUUACAGUCAACAUAUGGACAAGAACUACAGGAAACAAAACUCUGAUAGAAGAAAACAUUGAGCGUGAUGAUGAAGAUGAAGAUGACGGUACGGUGAACUAUGAAAACGCUGGAGAGCCUUCUGCCUCCGUCUCACUGGACUGAUGAACAACAUCAACCCACCAGAGUCCACUGCUGUUAAACAUCCAGACAUCCUAGUCCAUGACUAAAGAAUCAUUCAGAUGUUCUCUGUGCUAAGCUACAUAUUGAAAAAUGUAGCCAUGAAAUUAAGAUUUAUGUUUUAUUUGUUAAGCUGCAGCAGAUUCGCAUCACGUUUGUCCCUCAGUGUCCAGAGGAAGUGAUUCUGAUGGACUUUAAUGCAAACAUAUUGGUCUACAGUAUGUGUUGGGCUUUAAUGAAGCUGUAGCAUGAGUUCAGUCAGGGAGACUAUGUUUACAUGCUUAGGCCUGUAGGUUAUCUCUCAUUAAUCUGCCUUUCACUCCUCUGAGGCAUGCUGUCAUCGUUUGGUGCUGUUGAUCAUGACAUCAGCUGUUCUGAUCAUGACAUCAGCUGUUCUGAUCAGCUGGUCUCUUCUGUCCGAUAACACAGCGAAACAAUUGCAUCAUCAGCGUAUCAUCUCACUGCUGUCUCUUUUUAAAUAAGAUGGUCUCUCUGCCUUUAGUACGUUCAUGUUACUCGUAACCCUCCACCUCCUCAUCACCACCCAGGCCUCACAGUGUUGGGAUCUGACAGGAGUGGGUUUAGUUAUUAGCAAGUAUAACAAUAAUUUAUAUUAAUAUAAUGAUUAAGAUCAAUAGGAUCAUUAACAUGGAUUCAUAGUCUGCUACUGAUUUCAAAUGUGAUCUUCUGACAUGUUUAAAGAUGAUUUGUCUCCUAAC